ACUCUCCUAUAAAUUUCUUAUAUUUCAACUAGUACUCUCUUCAUUCAUCUCGUGUAGUUUCUGCCGAACCCUCUAUGCACUUAAUUUACCAUAUCAGCAGAAUUGUAUUAAGUAGUUACUCCAAUAAUUCCCCCACGGCCGCCGUCACCUUGUCCCCCCUUAUAGAAACCAGGUAUAUCCAUGGCGCGAGGUAAGAAGAGCCACGGCGCCCGGAAGAACGUAACAAAAGGUGUUACCGGUAACAGUAACGAGCCUUACCUAGACCUGGCGCCAUUUAAGGAUUUCUGCGAGCAUAUAGACAGAAAGAAAAGACGCUUCGUCGGAUUGGAUGCCUUCGACAACGAUACCAGCUUCAUUCCUUUCGAGGUCAUACGUGACUACUGGACCAAAGCUCGAGUAAACACUGCCCUAAAGGCGUUCAGGGGCAACCUUACUUUCAAUAUCGAAAAUAUACGCAACCAUUAUAUCCGCAUCUUCUCGAUUCUCGUAUACUGCGACGCUGUUAGCCACUUACAAGAGUUUACCAGGCAUAACCUAAAUGAUGCCAAGUUACCAUUGAAGCAACACCCAAUGGAAUGGCCAACAGGUCCCAUUUAUGCUAGGUUAUUUGAGAAAGUCUCUAAACAUCAAUGGACCUUCUUCCCCUUUAUUUUUAGCGAUGCUCAAUUGGAUGAUAAUUGUCUCGACGAUAACACCGUGUUGCCUAUCGAAAAGGUGUCUCAAAUCUCCCAAGGAGACGCAGCGGUCGUCCAGAUGAUAAAGAUUGACGAUUCGUGCAAUUCACUUGCGCCAAGGGAUCAACACGGUCGGCCCAAUCAGGACAUAUUCGUACUGAAGACGUAUCAUAGUCAUAAGUUCGAGAAGCUGUAUAUCAACGAAGUCAAAGCGCUGCGAAUGCUUAAAACCUCACCCUCUUCGAACAUCAUUGCCUAUUAUGGAUCUUUCCAGCUAAAUGGCACAUACAACAUCAUACUCGAGCAUGCUGAUAGAGGAGACCUGGCGGCUCUGUUUAGGGAACGUGCCCCAACAGGUACCGAGAUUGAAGAGUUCUGGAAGAGCUUAAUACCACAAUGCCUUGAGGGACUGGGCCGCAUCCAUCACUUGAUGAUGAACGUUGACGAAGAUGGUGUCAAUGGGAUUCACGAAGAUAUCAAACCCGAUAAUAUCUUGCUCUUCAAGGGUCGCUCAGGGUCGCGCUAUGACUUCAUCCCCAAGAUUGCGGAUUUCGGACUAUUCACCCAUGUCAGAACUUCCAAGGCAAACAGCAGUGAGGCAAUGGGUCUGGAUAACCUUGGGAACCAACUAUACAGUUCACCUGAAUGCGGUCAUACGUCCUCCUAUCAGGAGAACGCUCCAAACAUGAUUAACACCAAAGCAGACAUAUUCUCCUUUGGUGCUGUCUUGAGUGAUGCUUGCGCAUGGGUCAAGGGGGGCCCCAGGGAGAAAGCCAAGUACAACGAGCAACGGAGAGACUAUCACCAGACCAUCAAAGCAUUCCGCGGAAGUGAUUAUGAGGCUUGUUUCCACGACGGUGUAGGCCGCUUGCCUGUAGUCGAUGAGAUGCAUGCAAGCAUUCGCGAUCAUUGUCAAUCCGUCGGAGAUAGUAUCACGCCCCGUGUCAUCGACAUGAUUGAGAAGCACAUGCUGCUACCUAACGCCAAUAACCGCUACAAUGCCAAGCAGCUGAAGACUCUGUUCAAUGAGAUUUUUGACAUCCCAAACGACCAAGGUCAACGCCCACCACUUGAUCCACCACCUCCAGAUAUAUUGCCGAUGGAGCACGAACGAGGUCUAUGUCUCACAGCACUAGGGGAGCACAUCGCAAAAUUACAAUCUACCUCUGGCCUGAGUGCAAGAAAAUCUCGAGACGCUAUCGAUAUAGAGAUCCACGAGCUUGUAGAUGACCUCAAGAGCAACGUGCCCGGCCGACACCACAUCCUCUUCUUCGACGACUCCACAACCAUGGAGAAGCACGCGCAGUCGGUCGAGAAGACAUCCCUCGCGCUUCUUUAUCUAGCCAGGGAAUUAGAAGGCCACGACGUAGAGUUUUCCUUCGCAUCCGACCCAAAGCGCCUCCAUCGCAGGCGGCGAAUCAAAAAGCUGGCCGACAUAGUGGCGCACCACAGCUACCGCCGCGAGCCCGGACUCAUCGAGCUCGGGUUCGGGCAGCUCGUCGACAGCGUGCUCAUCCCUUACUUGCCGAUCCGGAAGUUAGGCAUGAACUUCAACUUCUUCGCGAAGAAGCCGACGAGCAUAUACGUUUUUACGGACGGCGACUGGGGCGACGACCAAGAGGUCGCCUACCGCGUCGAACGGCCGAUAGGGCGGCUAAACAAGGUGCUCCAGGAGCGGAAAUUGGAUAAAAACCACAUCUCGUUCCACUUUGUGCGGUUUGGCGAUAGUGCGAAUGGGAAAGCGUAUCUCGAUCAUUUGGACAGUUUCGGUAGGGACGAUAAUUGGGAUAAUGUUGAUGUUAAGACUGUCUUUAGUCCUGUUAAGGAUAUUGUCAUUGGUCCGCUUGUCCAAUGAUAAGUCCAACGAUACCCGGAAAAGGGGGUGUGGGUAGAAGGUAUGGCACCACCUGUUGUGACCUCGAAACCACAUGUUUUAAUAUUCUGUAUAAUAAGAUCUGGUCGUGGUAUUACUGGCGGCAUAUGAUUUACGCGACUUUCUCACACUGGUUGUUUUCUACUUAACCUGGCUGAUGAGUCGCAGCUGUAUGAAUAUUGAUGUAAAAGAUAGGGGUGAUAACUGGGUUACCCAUUUGGCCUGGGUAUUAUGUAUACGCUACCUCUUAAGUAUAUAGCUUCAUUCAUGACAUUGUAUUAUAUCUCAC